AUGGGUAACGCUCAGGGUGGCAUGAACAACAACCAAGAGAACCGUAAUAAUAACGGAGACAACACGCCACGCGAGAAGCCGCCCCCUCCAGUUUUCGGCAAGAAGAAAAAGAAGAACUUGAGGCAAAAUGUCCCGGUUCGAAUUCCUACAGUCAAUCCGUCUACGAAAUGUCGUCUGCGGUUGCUAAAACUGGAGCGCAUCAAGGACUAUCUCCUGCUCGAAGAGGAGUACAUCGCUAACAAGAUUCGUCUGAACCCGACGAAGAACAAGAACCAAGAUGACAUGCUGCGCCUAGAGGACCUGCGUGGCAGUCCCAUGAGCGUGGGGACCAUGGAGGAGAUGAUUGACGACAACCACGCCAUUGUGACGAGUUCGAUGGGACCUGAGUACUACGUGAAUAUCAUGUCGUUCGUGGACAAGAACCUGCUGGAACCCGGUUGCUCGGUGCUGCUGCACAACAAGACAAACAGUGUGGUUGGCAUAUUGCUGGACGACGUGGACCCGUUGGUGUCGCUCAUGAAAGUCGAGCGGGCACCUCUCGAGUCGUAUGCUGACAUCGGCGGUCUCGAGGAUCAGAUCCAAGAGAUCAAAGAGGCGGUUGAGCUGCCUCUGACACACCCUGAACUCUACGAGGACAUCGGUAUCCGUCCUCCUAAGGGUGUCAUUCUGUACGGCCCACCAGGUACAGGCAAGACCCUGUUGGCCAAGGCAGUGGCGAACGAGACAUGCGCCACCUUCCUCCGCGUUGUAGGGUCGGAGCUCAUCCAGAAGUACCUGGGGGAGGGGCCAAAACUGGUUCGCGAGAUGUUCCGUGUUGCGGAGGAAAACGCACCGUGCAUUAUUUUCAUCGACGAAAUUGACGCCAUCGGUACGAAGCGUUACGAUGCGACGAGCGGCGGUGAGAAGGAGAUCCAGCGUACCAUGUUGGAGCUGCUGAACCAGCUCGAUGGUUUCGACCCCCAGGCGGACGUAAAGGUGAUCAUGGCGACCAACCGCAUUGAGACGCUUGAUCCCGCGCUGAUCCGUCCGGGGCGUAUCGAUCGCAAAAUUCAGCUGCCGAACCCCGACACCAAGACCAAGCGGAAGAUCUUCGAGAUCCACACUUCGAAGAUGACCAUCGCGCAGGACGUCGAUUUGGAGGAGUUCGUGAACAACAAGGACGACUUGAGCGGGGCUGACAUAAAGGCCAUCUGCACAGAAGCCGGGCUGCUUGCGCUACGUGAGCGCCGCAUGCAGAUUACCCAGGCGGACCUGCGGAAAGCGCGCGAGAAGGCGCUGCAACUCAAAAAGGGGAACAUCCCCGAGAGUUUGUACUGUUAG